UGGCGGAAGUGGCCCAUCCCCUUCCUCUCAUACCAACGUCUCGGGGAAGCUUCUGGGGCUCUGGCGCGGGGCAUUGUGGGCUUAGUGGGCGGCCGGGAGGUGGAGAGCAGACGGGUAGAGGGCUGCUGAGGCUGCUUUCAAGAUGAUGCCCACACCAGUUAUCCUAUUGAAAGAGGGUACUGAUAGCUCCCAAGGCAUCCCUCAGCUUGUGAGUAACAUCAGUGCCUGCCAGGUGAUUGCUGAGGCUGUGAGAACCACCCUGGGUCCCCGUGGUAUGGACAAGCUUAUUGUGGAUGGUCGAGGCAAAGCAACAAUUUCUAAUGAUGGGGCCACAAUCCUCAAACUUCUUGAUGUCGUCCAUCCUGCAGCAAAGACGUUAGUGGACAUUGCCAAAUCCCAAGAUGCUGAGGUUGGUGAUGGCACCACAUCAGUAACCCUGCUGGCUGCUGAGUUUUUGAAACAGGUGAAACCAUAUGUGGAGGAAGGAUUGCACCCCCAGAUCAUCAUCCGAGCUUUCCGCACAGCCACCCAGCUGGCUGUUAACAAGAUCAAAGAGAUUGCUGUGACUGUGAAGAAGCAAGAUAAAGUGGAACAGAGGAAGUUGUUGGAGAAAUGUGCCAUGACGGCCCUGAGCUCCAAGCUGAUCUCCCAGCAGAAGGCCUUCUUCGCCAAGAUGGUGGUUGAUGCUGUGAUGAUGCUUGAUGAAUUGCUGCAGCUUAAAAUGAUUGGGAUCAAGAAGGUACAGGGCGGAGCCCUAGAGGAGUCUCAGCUGGUGGCUGGUGUUGCGUUCAAGAAGACUUUCUCUUAUGCUGGGUUUGAAAUGCAGCCCAAGAAGUAUAAAAACCCCAAGAUCGCCCUCUUAAAUGUUGAACUCGAACUGAAAGCGGAGAAAGAUAAUGCUGAAAUCAGAGUCCACACAGUGGAGGAUUAUCAGGCAAUUGUUGAUGCUGAGUGGAACAUUCUCUAUGACAAGUUAGAGAAGAUCUACCAGUCUGGAGCCAAAGUCAUCUUGUCCAAACUCCCCAUUGGGGAUGUGGCUACUCAGUAUUUUGCUGAUAGGGACAUGUUCUGUGCUGGCCGUGUGCCUGAGGAGGAUCUGAAGAGGACGAUGAUGGCCUGCGGAGGCUCAAUCCAGACCAGUGUGAAUGCUCUGAUUCCAGAAGUGCUGGGCAGCUGCCAGGUGUUUGAAGAGACCCAGAUUGGCAGUGAGAGGUAUAAUUUCUUCACUGGCUGCCCUAAGGCCAAGACGUGUACCAUCAUCCUUCGUGGAGGUGCUGAGCAGUUUAUGGAGGAAACAGAGCGGUCCCUGCACGAUGCUAUCAUGAUAGUCAGGAGGGCCAUCAAGAAUGACUCUGUUGUGGCUGGUGGUGGGGCCAUUGAGAUGGAGCUCUCCAAGUACCUACGGGAUUACUCAAGGACCAUUCCAGGGAAACAGCAACUGUUGAUUGGAGCAUAUGCCAAGGCCCUGGAGAUUAUCCCACGUCAGCUGUGUGACAACGCUGGUUUUGAUGCCACAAAUAUCCUCAACAAGCUCCGGGCUCGGCAUGCACAGGGGGGCAUGUGGUAUGGGGUGGACAUCAACAACGAGGACAUUGCUGACAACUUCCAGGCCUUUGUGUGGGAGCCAGCCAUGGUACGGAUCAAUGCCCUGACAGCAGCCUCUGAGGCUGCAUGCCUUAUUGUGUCUGUUGAUGAGACCAUUAAGAACCCCCGCUCCACUGUGGAUGCUCCCCCAGCAGCGGGCCGUGGCCGCGGCCGGCUCCAUUGAGAGAUCUGCAAUGCAUCACACCUCCCCAGCAUGGUGAGGAAAUGGUUGUAAUUGGUCUGUGUUCUCACUGGAGGCCAUAAAUAAAACUUAAAGAGCUCA